GUACUUCAGGAAGAGGUUCAGAGAGAGGAGCAGGCCAGCAGGAUCAUCUCUCACAUCAAGACCUCACAAAGCCUCCACAUCAUGUGCCACAUCCCAGUCUUCUGCUGGAUCACUGCUACAGUUCUGGAGGACGUGUUGAAGACCAGAGAGGAAGGAGAGCUGCCCAAGACCCUGACUGAGAUGUACAUCCACUUCCUGGUGGUUCAGUCCAAAGUGAAGAAGGUCAAGUACGAUGGAGGAGCUGAGACGGAUCCUCACUGGAGUCCAGAGAGCAGGAAGAUGAUCGAGUCUCUGGGAAAACUGGCCUUUGAUCAGCUGCAGAAAGGCCACCUGAUCUUCUAUGAAUCCGACCUGACAGAGUGUGGCAUCGAUAUCAGAGCAGCCUCAGUGUGCUCAGGAGUGUUCACUCAGAUCUUCAGAGAGGAGAGAGGACUGUACCAGGACAAGGUGUUCUGCUUCGUCCAUCUGAGUGUUCAGGAGUUUCUGGCUGCUCUUCAUGUCCAUCUGACCUUCUUCAGCUCUGGUGUCAAUCUGCUGUCAGGAGAACCUGGACCAAAGUGUCUCUACCAGAGUGCUGUGGACCAGGCCUUACAGAGUCCUAAUGGACACCUGGACUUGUUCCUCCGCUUCCUUCUGGGUCUUUCUCUGGAGACCAAUCAGAGUCUCCUACGAGGUCUGCUGACACAAACAGGAAGUCAAUCACAGACCAAUCAGGAGUCAGUCCAGUACAUCAAGGAGAAGAUCAGUGAGAACGUGUCUCCAGAGAAAAGCAUCAAUCUGUUCCACUGUCUGAAUGAACUGAAUGAUGGUUCUCUAGUGGAGGAGAUCCAACGGUCCCUUAGAUCAGGACGUCUCUCCACAGAUAAACUGUCUCCUGCUCAGUGGUCAGCUCUGGUCUUCAUCUUACUGUCAUCACAAGAAGAUCUGGAGGUGUUUGACCUGAAGAAAUUCUCAGCUUCAGAGGAGGCUCUUCUGAGGCUGCUGCCAGUGGUCAAAGCCUCCAACCCUUCCAGCCCUCACAGCUCCCUCAGGUCAUGUGACAUGUGUGUUGUUUUGUGUGUCUGCAGCCUGUCAGGCUGUCUGAUCACAGAGGAAGGCUGUGCUUCUCUGGUCUCAGCUCUGAGCUCCAACCCCUCCCACCUGAGAGAGCUGGACCUGAGCUACAACCAUCCAGGAGACUCAGGAGUGAAGAUGCUGUCUGAUGGACUGGAGGAUCCUCACUGUAGACUGGAGACUCUCAGGGUGGAGCCUGCUGGAGUCCGAUGGAUGACACCAGGUUUGAGGAAGUAUUCCUGUGAACUCACAAUCGACACAAACACAGUAAACAGAAAACUCAAACUGUCUGACAACAACAGGAAGGUGACAUGUGUGAAGAAGGAGGAGGUUCAGUCACAUCCUGAUCAUCCAGACAGAUUUGACUACUGGCCUCAGCUGCUGUGUAGAACUGGUCUGACUGGUCGCUGUUACUGGGAGGUCGAGUGGAGAGGAGACGUUUAUGUAUCAGUGAGUUACAGAGGAAUCAAGAGGAAAGGACGCAGUGAUGACUGUGAGUUUGGAUGCAAUGAUCAGUCCUGGAGUCUGAGAUGCUCUUAUGGAGUUUACUAUGUCUGUCACAAUGAGACAGUAACACGCAUCUCCUCCUCCUCCUCUGGUAGAGUAGCAGUGUAUGUGGACUGUCCUGCUGGCUCUCUGUCCUUCUACAGAGUCUCCUCUGACUCACUGAUCCACCUCCACACCUUCAGCACCACAUUCACUGAACCUCUUUAUCCUGGGUUUGGGUUCUGCUCCAGUCCUGGUUCCUCCGUGUCUUUGUGUCCUCUUCAGGACGGAGAGUCUCCUCCUGGUGGAGAACCUUCCUCUCUGCUCACCACCUAGUUCAGUCUGUACAGCUGAUGGAGGUCCAUGUGGGUGUAGGUGCAGGUGGAGCAGGUGAGGGGUACCUGAGCUGGUCUGGACUCUGGGGGUCCACAGCUCUCUGGGACUUGUGCUGUUGCAGAUGAACGUGUGAAAGAGCUCAGCGAGGUGUGUUUUAAUGUCUCUGUGCUCGAUGCCUCUGUGGAUGAAUCAAUAAUCAUCAUUUAGAUGUUGGCUCCUAAUUACAGUUUAAUCUUAAUCUUUAUGUGUCACAAUGUUCAAGAAGACAUUUUAUACGACUAAUGGAUCUGUUUGAUAAAUUGUACUCAAAUUUUAACUUCAAAUAUUUCAAUGUGUCACAUUAAAGAUCAUUUCACAUUAUCUGCUUUGUUCCUUUUUAAAGCUUCAGCAAACCUCUGAAAAAAAGCUUUAAUAACAGAUAUUAGUUACUUGUGUUUUUAUUAAAGUUACAUAGAAGUACAACGUUUAGUCCCUCCAUGUAGUACUUUGUGUUGUAUCAUUGUUAAUAAAGGUGUUUAAUGUGAAACUUUA